GACGACGACGCGCACGCUAGAUAGUGGCUAGUGGCACAUUCUAUGACUUUGGGGUGUCAGUUGCUGUUUUCCUCUCCGUCGGUUCGCAUGCAGUUUCCACUCGGCUCGGAUCUCGGAAGCUGAGGAUUGGUGUCGAAAGUGGCAAAAGUGCGCGCUAACGACGACGGCUGGUUGUGCUGCGAGUGUUGUCACGAUUGCGGCGAUUUUCACGUGGAGUGAGCUCAACAAGUGUUGCUGUGUCGUGUAAUUCCGAGGCGCCUAAGUGCAUUUCGGGGGAAAAAUGUCAAAGCCACCGGUCAUUAGGAAUCUGAAGGAAUUUCUGGAACCCGUGCUGGAGCCAGGCGUCAAGGUGUUGGGUUACAAGUCGUCUUUCUUGACCGCUCCCGGUGACAACUACGGCAGCACGAUGCUGGCCUUGACCGUUGAAGUUACCAGUGCAACCGGGGAUGAGCUCGAGCAACUCCCGUUGGUGGCCAAAAUGCGCCCAACGAGCGAAGAGUUCCUGGAGAUAUUUCAAAUCGACGUUACGUUCGUCAAGGAAGCGGCUGUUUACUCGCAGAUAGUUCCGGCCAUGAUCAAGUUACAGCAGGAGAUGGGGCUUCCGGACGAGGAGACGAUUGACGUCUUUUGUCGCUGCUACAACACGAGGGUUUCGCUGGAUCCGGACAGCGACAAAGUGGAUGCCGACGGCGUAAUGCUCUUCGAGAACCUCAAAUUAGCCGGUUUCAUUACGGAGGACAGGCGGAAAGGAUUCACCCGGGAGUUGGCGGAAUUUAUUCUCAAAAAACUUGCCCAGUUCCAUGCCAUUCCGAUAGCGCUGCGUCUGCUCAAGCCGGAAGUGUUCAAGUCGAGCGUGCAGAAGUUUCUAGUUAAAAUAGACAUAGAUGCUGGUCUGAGCGAGCAGACCAUCCAGCGGAUGUUAACCGUGAUUGAGGCUGAUUUGAAAAAGGCUGGGGUGAAGGAGCAGUUGAUAAAGCGACUACUGGAGCGGAUUGACGAUUGCCGCAAACGACAGGCUAAUUUGGUCUCGGAUGAAGUGAACCAGUACUGUUCCAUGCUACACAACGAUCUAUGGGUCAACAAUAUGAUGAUAAAAUACGGCGAUACCGGAAAACCAACGGGCUUGAAGUUUGUGGAUUUCCAGCUAAUCCAAAUGGACUCUCUGGUACGGGACAUUCUGUUUUUCCUUCUGACCAGCGUCUCGGAUGCGAAUUUGGCGCACAGCACCGACCAUUACUUUAACGUCUACUUCGAAGGCCUACGGUUUCAUUUGGCACGCUUGAAGUGUCCCAAUAUGAGUCAAUUCACUUACCAGAGCUUCUUGGAGGAAAUCAAUCGAGUUGCACCGCGGGAGCUUUAUCACAUCGUUGCCAUGCUGAGGGUGGUCCUGGCCAAAAAGGAGUCCAUUCCCGAGCACAGCGAACUGGACGCGGAGCUGUUUUGUAACGAUAACCUUGUCGAGGAGGAUUACUAUCGAAAGCUGCUGCUGGUGGUGACUAUUUACGACCAGCAAGGAUGGGUUUAAUCUAGUCAGAGUUUGCGCUGUCCUAGAUGGCCGAACUAUAAAAUUCAUACCAAAUGGAUGUACAAAUAGUGAUAUGUACCAAAGAUAUUGUAUGGUGGUUGGUCAAUGUGAAAUGAAAUAAAACUUGAAAUGUGAUGGCGUUAUAGUUCA